AUCUCUUUUUCUCCCUUCUCUCUCUCUCUCUCUCUCUUUCCAACAGCCUCUUGAGCUUACGCGAAAAAUCCUCCGAGAUAAGCAGAACAAGAAGAAUUCUGGUCAGCCCAUUCCAGUAUUUCCAUCCUGGGUGUAUGAGAGACCUGCACUUAUUGGUGAUUUCUUAAUUGGCAACAGUUUAAGCACUGACACGACGGUACCUAUAGGUACUUUGCCAUUAGCCUCCCAGGAAUCCAUGAUUGUGGAGGACCUGCUGUACGUUCUGAUAGGUGUGGAUGGAAGAUACAUCACAGCACAGCCUCUCGUAGGCCGGCAGAACCGAGCGUUUUCAGUCGAUCCGAACUUGGACUUGUCCAUCAAAGAGCUGGUGACCAGGAUUCUUCCCGUAGCAGCAAGUUACUCUGCUGUCACCAGGUUUAUAGAGGAGAAGUCUUCUUUCGAGUACGGACAGGUAAACCAUGCUCUGGCUGCUGCUAUGCGGACUCUAAUCAAGGAAUACAUGAUACUAAUUACCCAGCUGGAACAUCUUCAGAGACAGGGACUUCUGUCACUGCAGAAACUCUGGUUUUACAUCCAGCCCACAAUGAGGACCCUGGAGAUUCUUGCUUCACUUGCUACUUCUGUGGAUAAAGGUGAGUGUAUGGGAGGAUCAACCCUGAGCUUGCUCCAUGACAAGACUUUCAAUUACACGGGGGACAGCCAGGCCCAGGAGCUGUGCCUGUAUUUAACCAAGGCAGCCAGCGUGCCUUAUUUUGAAAUUCUGGAGAAGUGGAUAUAUCGAGGCAUCAUUAAUGAUCCGUACAGUGAGUUCAUGGUGGAGGAACAUGAGCUGCAGAAGGAGAAGAUUCAGGAGGACUAUAAUGACAAGUACUGGGAUCAAAGAUACACUGUUGUUCAGCAACAGAUUCCCUCAUUCUUGCAGAAAAUGGCUGACAAAAUACUAAGCACAGGGAAAUAUUUAAAUGUUGUGCGAGAAUGCGGACGUGAUGUUACCUGCCCUGUGGCCAAAGAGGUCAUCUAUACCCUAAAAGAGCGAGCGUAUGUGGAACAAAUAGAAAAAGCAUAUAACUAUGCUAGCAAAGUUCUUCUGGAUUUCCUAAUGGAGGAGAAAGAGCUGGUGGCUCACCUGAGAUCUAUAAAACACUAUUUCCUGAUGGAUCAAGGGGACUUUUUUGUGCACUUCAUGGAUCUCACAGAAGAGGAACUUAAGAAGCCUGUAGACGACAUCAUAACUACGAGGCUAGAGGCUCUGCUUGAAUUAGCCCUGCGAAUGAGCACAGCCAACACAGAUCCUUUCAAGGAUGAUUUAAAGAUUGACUUGAUGCCCCAUGAUCUCAUUACGCAGCUCUUGAGAGUGUUGGCCAUAGAAACGAAACAGGAGAAGGCCAUUAUCAGUGCAGAUCCCACAGAGCUCACUCUCAGCGGUCUGGAAGCAUUUUCCUUUGACUACAUUGUUAAGUGGCCUCUGUCCCUUAUUAUAAACAGGAAAGCACUGACAAGAUACCAGAUGCUUUUCAGACACAUGUUCUAUUGCAAACAUGUGGAACGACAGUUGUGCAACGUUUGGAUCAGCAAUAAGACAGCCAAGCAAUUCUCUCUCCAUUCAGCUAAGUGGUUUGCUGGUGCUUUCACACUGCGGCAGCGGAUGCUGAAUUUUGUGCAGAAUAUCCAGUAUUACAUGAUGUUUGAAGUGAUGGAGCCAACAUGGCAUAUUCUUGAGAAGAACCUGAAGUUGGCAUCUAAUAUUGACGAUGUCCUGAGCCACCACACAAGCUUCCUGGAUAACUGCUUGAAGGACUGCAUGCUAACCAACCCAGAGCUGCUGAAGAUCUUCUCCAAGCUGAUGUCUGUCUGCGUCAUGUUCACAAACUGCAUGCAGAGGUUCACCCAGAGCAUGAAGCUGGAUAAUGAGAUGGACCGGCUCACCUUAGAGCAUGGCACAAUGCUGGGCCCACCAACAGAGGAGGAACGUGCUGAAGAGACUGCGAAGAAGAAGCUGACUAAUAAG